AUGACGACUGGGCUCGACGUGCCCGAGACCGGGCUGUCUCUCCGUCCCGGAGACCAGUCCGGUGAUUCUGCCUCCAAGCCGGUUCAGAUCAUGCGUUUGAACCUGGUUCAGAGUACCCUCGACGAACUGAUCCAGAGCUUACGGAACGACCAACCUGCUCGAGUACGGCUAGGGAAGCACCCUUCUCUGCAGUACGCGGGCAAAUCUCACUCCUUCCAUACCUACCCUGAAGCACACCGAUCCGAAAUCUACCACAGCUCCUCCGACAAGCGGAACAUCUACUUCACGGGCGUCCUGAGCCACAGCCUGGAGGUGGAAAAGGCCAAGGCGGCUACUGCAGCCACUGACCAAGCUUUGGCCAACCUGGAGGAGAGCCUCAAUGCCUUCGAAAGAGGCAAGGAAUCCAAGAAAACACACAUGAUUCAGCACCCGGACGAAUUGAGGGCUCUUCGUGCUGCCGGUGGAGGAUCCAGUCAGCGAGGCCCUAGGAGCAAGGCCGAGCUCGAAAAAGACCGACUUCUUCGCACGGCUGCUUCCCGGUCUGUGACUUCGAGCCCGACCUUGGGGUCUGCCAAGUCUCCGGCUCCCAUUCCAACCUCCGCACCGUUCUCGCAAAGUAAAAACAACGCCCGUCUUGAGGCUCUCAAGACUCCCUUCAUUCACCUUCUCGCCGUCCGUGCCGUCUCCUGCAAGUUCUUGGCCCGUCAAACCCGUUCCGCGAUCGAAGACUGCACGGCCCUCGCCCAGAAAUACGGAAGCGAGAACCGCCUGAACCGCGAGAAAUUCGACCUCAAGGAUAAGUCCUACAAAGACCUCGAUGUGUGGACGUUCCCCUACCCGACCCAGGACGACCGACAGGAGGCAAUUGAGAAUGCCAUUUCCGCUUUCGAUCGUAUGCGGAUCUCCCGUACGGACAAGCUGUGGCAAAUGCUUCUUCCGAAAGGGGAACGGGGUAAGGGCAAGUGUUUGUCUCGACUCAACCUCAGCAAUGGUCCUGUCAAGAAGUCUGCUCCGGCACGUGCUCAUUUAGACGGCGGCGACGACACGGGCAAGGAUGAUGACACUACGGGCAAUGAAUCGGACCGACGCAGCGGCCCGUCGAAGACGGACGCCGCUCCUCGAUCGACUCCCACGCAGAAACCUCAGGCGGCGAAGGGACCUGCCAAAGGACCUGCCAAGGCCAAGAGCUCCAACAACACUACGUUGACCGGUCGGGUUACGAAGAAGGCUGCUGCCAAGCCCCCAGCGAAGACAGACGCCAAGUUCAAGUCUGCAGAGUACGUGCAUGACUCCGACGAGGAUGACGAGGACAUGCCUGAUUCUGCGCCGUCUCCCCCGGCACCCUCCCAACGUACGAAGGGAGACAAGACAGCUCUUCCCAAGAAGACGCAAGCUCCAGCUAAGGCUCCAGCCCUGGCCAAACCCCGUACCAACAACAAUGCCCCUCCGUCUGCAUCAAAGUCUACCAAGACUGAGUCGUCGACUCCCAAGCUUGAAUCUUCUCAAUCCCGUUCUGCCGCUGCCUCCUCCAAGCGACCCGCCCCCCGAGCCUCUACCUCGCCUCAGAAACCGUCUCCUCUCGGGUCUUCCCCUCCUGCCAAUGCAUCCGAUGCCACCGGUCGCAGCCGCUCCGACAGUCAGAACCAGUCUUCCAGCUCCUCUUCUUCCCCGCUCAUCUCCCAACUUUCUCGUACCAACAGAGCGAUAACUGGAACAGCGGCCCGGCCUUCAAAGCCUGUCACCUCGGCCAAUGGUCCUCCCAAGUCUGGAUUCGCCGGCAACCCCUUGAAGCGCAAGGCGGAACCCGAGCGGCUAGCCGUGCCUGGUGCAGCGACGGGACGCACAACCGGCAACCUCGACCACAAGCGCCGCCGGGCGAUCAGCACCUCGAGCGGAGGCAGCACGGGCAGCGCAUCUCCUCCCUUGAGCCAGGAAAUCCUCUGGCAACAACUGCGGGAAAAGUCUCUGACUUUCAAGCAGUAUUAUGCAAAGUACAGCUCCUUGCAUAGAACCCUCAAGGCCCAGAGCAACCCAUCAUCAGCCGAUCUGGAGAAACUCCACCGACAGCAUACGCGGCUGGAACACAUGAAAGAAGAGAUUUGGAACGAACACGCAAGACUCAAUGACGGCAUCUCUCGUGAUUUCUAA